AUGGGUUUACAUAUGGCAGACGAUCUAUUCAGUGUUGGCAAUAUAUGUUUAGUUGGUUGGUCGAAAACGGUCGAUGGAGGGGGUGGCCCGUUAUGUAUUCCUCUCAUCUAUAGAUCGUCUGAUUUUACCCAAACUUUAAUAAAAUCCGGUUCAGUUCAGUCAUACGAUUUGGCGUAUAUGAAUGCUUCGACUGGAAACGAUUUAAUUAAUGGUACAAGAAAUGGAAGAAUGCUGUUUUCAAACUUAGCAUACAAUAAUGAUGCAUUCAACGGCAUUCGCGUAAUACCAGAUGAAUUUUGUGCAGAUUUUGGAGCAUUAGAUAACGAAAUAGCUCUUGUCUCAAAUGGAAUGAAAGGUUUCGAACUCUCUCCCGAUUUAAACGCCCGUAUCGAAAGUGAUGAUUAUUGUGGGAUAAUUCAACAGAUAAAAGUUGGCUUCGAAGUAAUUAUGAAGGCGCCUGAUGAAUUUUCAAUCUGGUCACAAAAUAUUGUUGAUCGCAUGCGAGAUCUUUCUUUCAAUGAAGAAGCAUUGUUAAAAGUAGUCGAAAUGAGCUUGCAAAUGGCGACAGCUAUAGAUUCAACGCAAUAUACAUUUGGGCAACUUUUUAAGUAUAUUCAAGAAGGAUUGCCUCAACUGCAUUUUGGCGAAAAAUUUCUUGUACCUGUUUUACUGGAAUUCACCAAAAGUCAAAGGCGAUUAUUAGUUGAUAAUCAAAAACGAAAUCUUUUACACUUGUUUGCUGAAAUUUUUGCAAGUUUUUUAACGAAUGCUGGCGAAAAAUUUCCGUGUCUUGUGAAAUCCUUUGGUGAGCAGUUAUAUGAAUUCACAAAUAAUGAUUGUCUUAAUGAAAAAAAAAUAACUGAUGAGUCGCUUAUAGCUGUAAUUGGAGCGCUCCAGGUGUCGGGGAAAUAUCUUGAUAGUGACCCACAAGGAAAUGAAAUAAUGAAUGUGAUAUUAACUAGACUGAAUGCUUUUGCUAAUGCGCAUCCUGGAAUUAGUAGCCAUGUAAAAGAUAAAAUUCGGAAUUUAAACGUUAUGCGCAAUAAUGAUUGGUACUCAACGGACGAGAAACGACUUGUGUCGGAUAUAACGAUCGCAGACUCAGAUUUUUCCGACAUUAUCGGUCCUGAUGGAAAACCAUUAACGCUUGAAGAAUUAGAGUUUCUUCAAAGUCAGAUUGAUAAAGUGGAAUCACAACGGUCAACUGCAGUUGAUCCGGAGGAUUUGGAUAACUUGGAUAUAACUCGAGAUUAUGAAGAUUUCAUAGAAAUGGUUGAAGAAGAAAGGGAAAUGAAGAGACAGCUUGAGAGUAAUGUGCAAACUAUUGAAACUGAUUUCCCCAAAUUGGAUUUAAAUGAUAAGGGAGUAGAUGAUACUCAAUAA